GGAGGACUGUAGUUGGCAUAUUCCGAAUGGCUAUCCUUAGGUCGCUGGUUCGAAUCCGGCAGGUCGGAAUUUUUUUCCAAAUUUCUUUUAUAAUUUUUUUUCCAUUCAAAUUUUCGAUUCUAAUUUAAGCUAUCGACGAUACUCUUCCGUCCCCAAAUCUUUAUUCUUCACCAUGGCUUGGCGAAUCAUCUUCACUACCAGCAAGUCCAAACCCUCAUUUUCACAAACCCUAAUCAUCCCCAAAACCCUUACUUCCCAUCCUAACCCUAACAUCUUCGCCGCCCCAUUCUCCACCUCCUUCCUCAUCACCAAAACCCCCAAGAAAUUCAAAAAGAAACGCAAGAAGGACAGUCCCAGAACCAAACUGGUUCAACACCAAUCCAAUCUCAUCCCACACUUCGAAACCAUCCUCAACCGCGACACCCACUUCAGAUUCCUCACCAAAACCAAAGAAUUCCUCUCCAAACAACCCGAACACGUCCUCCGCCUCGACGACGCCGGCAAGCUCCACCGCGAGCUCGGCUUCCCCCGCGGCCGCAAAGUCCUCCGCUCCAUCCAGCGCCACCCGCUCUUGCUCGACACCUACCGCCACGACGAUGGCAAGAUGUGGUUCGGCUUCACGGACUCCAUGGAGGACUUGCUUCAGCAGGAGAGAGAGAUCAUGGACUCCAUGGAGGUAGAUAGAGUCAAUACUGUAAGAAAAUUGUUGAUGAUAUCUGCGAAUAAGCGAAUUCCUUUGAGUAAAAUUUAUCAUUGCCGUUUGUUGUUUGGUAUUCCAGAAGAUUUUAGGGAUAGGGUUGUUAAGUAUCCGAAUUAUUUCAAUAUUGUGGUUGAAAAUGAUGGGAAGAGAGUGCUUGAGCUGGUGAAUUGGGACGCUUCACUGGCGGUGAGUGCAUUGGAGAGGGAAUUUAUGGUGGAUGAGGAUCGGGUGAAGAAGGCGUUUAAGUUUCCGAUUAAACAUGGCAAGUCAUUGGAUUUGGAGGAGGGUGAUGCUAGAAAGUUGAAUUUGUUGAACACCCUUCCUUUGGUAUCACCCUAUUCGGAUGGAUCAAAGUUGGAUCUUUGGACAUUGGAGGCAGAAAAGUACAGGGUUGGGUUGUUGCAUGAGUUCUUGAGCUUGACAUUGGAGAAGAGGGCUUCUAUACAUCAUAUUGUGGAGUUCAAGGAAGAGUUUAGUCUUACAAAGCAUACUUAUCAAAUGCUUUUGAAGCAGCCGCAGACAUUUUACUUGGCUGGCACGGAGAUGAAUUGGGUUGUGUUCUUGAGAGAUGCUUAUGAUGAAGAUGGGGUUUUGAUCAAUAAGGAUCCACAGGUGGUUUUUAAUGAAAAGUUGUAUAGAUAUGCACAGAUGCAAGAACUGGAUUCGGGUUCUGAUGUUGUGACAAGAUGAUCUGCUCGUGGACUGUUUUGCGUUUCUUGUUAUGGACUAAUUCGUUAGGGGUACAAUGUCUCUUCUGCUUCUCAAAUUGAGCGAUAGUCGUAAGCAAUGAUCGACAGCAGACCUUCUAUUGUACAUAUGCAAGGUAUCUUGGACAGAUCCUUAACAUUAUUUUGCGCUGUUAUGAAUUAACAUCAUUAUUAGUUCUUCUAUUUUAUUUUUCUUUCUCUGCUAGGGAUAUGAUAGUUAGGUUACUUCCAGAAUGGCACUGUUUAGAACUGACUCAGAAGAUAAACUAGGUUGAAAUGUCCCUGGAUGGGUAUCAUGCCAAUUAAAAUCUCGACAAUUUAUGACUCACAGCAUUUGGUUACUACCAGUUGUUGCUUGUCACAUCACCAAGAGUUACAUGAACAAAGACAUUAUCAAACCAUGGUGUAAGAUCUGUUUAUUUCCUUGAAUGAUUCAUUUACCGUCUGAUGACACCGGUGCCUCAAAUAGGGAAAUGUCCUUUACAAGUAAUGUUGCAGACUUCAAAACAUAUGUUAUUUUUUGUAGCGAGGGACUAUAGUUUUCCUUACAUAUUUGAAACCUUUUAUGGAAAUUCAGAAAGCUUGUAGGUUCCUGUAGAUCAUCACCGUGGUUAUUACAUUUAUAUUUUACAUUUAUUUUGAGCAGAAACUGUUAUACAGUAGUAUUUUGAUGAACAAGAGUUGCAGAAGAAACUAUAUCGAGGUGAUGGCAACUUACGGCUCAUAUUGGUCGCGUGGCCAAAUGUUUUGAAUCGACAUUAGUUUGUCUAUGGAAGCUAGUGCUUUUUCCCUAAAUGUGUAUGAAUCUUCAGUUUCUAAUUGAGUUCAUCACCAUGAUCGACAUAGAUCCCAAAACUAUGUUAUCUAGGAAGUUUUCCCCUUUUAUUGCCUCGGAAAGUAAUAUUAAAGAAUUUAGAGAAGGAAGUGGGGUUGGGUGUCUAGAUUUUUAACAGUAGGAAUCUCAAGGAUUGUUCAAUUUCUACUAUUUUUAGUGCUGUACUGGGGAUUUUCAGUUUUGGGAGUAAGAGCAAAAUAUGUAUAUUAAACUACCCUAGCAAAGAAACCUGUUUUUUAGGAGGAGAAAAAGUAUUUCAAUAAUAAACUCAUAAGCAUAACUGUUAAUAUUAUCCUAAUUUCUAUUUUAUUUUUUAUACAACAAAUGUGGUUACAAAUUUGAUUCAAUUUUGUCUCCACUAUAUGGGUUGGAUGGUUGGGUAUUAUUAUUUUCAAAUCUUCGGUUUUUUUUUUUUUUUUUUAAUAAAUAAUUCUUGCUUGGAUAGAACUAACAGAAUUUGCCACAUUAGAACUACCAUUAGAUUAAAUCUAUUCUUUAGAUAGUCAGUAAAGAUCUCACCAAUCUCUUCUUCAUUGUUAUGCCAAAACUAAUUAUUAUCCCCGAUUCUCCAAUUAUUCAUUAAUACAAGUAUUCCAGGCUUCCUUAGCUAGUCGAUAAAUGCUAUCAUUAGUAAGCCACAUACUUUUAACCUAAAUGGUUUUCUUUGUAAUGGCAUAUCUACUCUGGUAGUGGUUAUCAAAAAAUUAGGGGCAUGAUCAUAAUCUUGAAAAGGAAGAUGGGCCUCCAAGCUUUUGGAUAAAGCCUUUUAACUAGUACUCCUAUCUAUUAUAGUAUUGACACAAACCCAUCCAAUUUCCCCUUCCUCCCACUCGGUUCUAGAGACCAUCUUAACAUAAACCCCAUUGGUUUCCAACAUCUCUGUUAGGAUUUCUGAAACACAGUACUUCAUUUAUAAACAAGGAAUCAUUAGUCUUAUCCCAUACCAAGGCCCCAGUGAGCUUUGCCUCCAAUAGUGCAAGGGAAAAAUAUUGCUUUUGACAUUAUCAAAACCAGCUUCUUCUUCUACGAAAUUGAUUAGGUAAUAUUCAUUGCGUAACAAAUUCAAUCUUAUCCUAAUGUGCGUACCACAGUUCAAUCUUAUCCUAAUGUGCGUACCACAGUGUCUGGCCUAUGGUUUUGAUGUUAUUGAGAUGUACCCGUUGUCCCCAAAUUUUAGCAAUGAGCAAAUAAUUCAACCUCUCAUUCUCUCAACAGCAGCUCUGGCCAGCGACUUUCAAGCAAGCUGGAGAAGAUCGUGAUUUCUUAACAACUAGGCUCUGAGAAUCAAAUCCUCUUUUGCCAAGAUCGUGAUUUCUUAACAUGGGAAAACCAAUGUCAUGGUUUGGACAAUUGAAGUUGGGGGAUAAAAGGAGGUUGGAGAUGGCUCAAUCAAUUUUCGGACCCACCGUCAUAUUGAAAUGGCUGCGAAGCGCAAUUAAUCACAUCCCCCUGAGCAGGUUGAUAGAUUCAUGGACUAUUGGCUAAUUCUUGAGUAUGAAUUUUUCCUCAGGUGUAUGUUGUCACUUCAAAAGAGGGAGGCAAAUUAGGUGCAUGAAAACAAGAAAACAUUGCUUGUUUAUUAUAUUAUCCUUUCAACAAAGAGACACAAAAAUAUACUUGUGAUAA